GGGCGCGCUACAAGUUUUAGUAGCCUACAACCAAGCGCUCGUUCCAAACGCCCGCACGACCUCAAAGGGUACCCACGCCGAAAUGGGUACUCUCACUAUGCAAAGGAAUAUCCUUUGGUUAUACUGUUUAGUUUUAAUUGGAAUAACGGACGUAUCUGGUUCGAACAUCUGUACAUCGCGGGGGGCCAGCACAUGUAAGCAGUGUCUGGCUGUCAGUUCAAGUUGUGCAUGGUGCUUCCAAGAGGAGUUUGGCCAGGGGGUGGCCAGUGUGUCACGCUGUGACCUGAAGCGUAACCUGUUGGCAGCCGGCUGCACCGACACGGCCCUGGAGUUCCCCACCAGCAGACUGCAAGUGAAGGAGGACCGGCCGCUGAGCGACAAAGCCGCAGGAGCCACGGUGGACGUCACUCAGAUCCAGCCCCAGAGGCUCCACAUCACCCUCAGACCAGACGACUCCAAGCGCUUCACGGUGAAGGUUCGUCAGGUGGAGGACUACCCCGUCGAUCUUUACUACCUCAUGGACCUGUCCUUCUCCAUGAAUGACGAUCUGGUCCGCCUGCGGACUCUGGGCCGCGCCCUGGCCGAUGCUAUGAACCGUACAACCAGUAACCUGCGCAUGGGCUUCGGUGCCUUCGUGGACAAGCCCCUCUCGCCCUACAUGUACAUCUCCCCUGAGGAGGCCCUGCAGAACCCCUGCUACGGGAUCAACACCACGUGCCUGCCCCAGUUUGGCUACAAGCACGUGUUGUCGCUGACAGAGGAGGUGAGCCGCUUCACAGAAGAAGUGAAGAAGCAGAUCGUGUCCCGGAACAGAGACGCUCCUGAGGGGGGGUUUGAUGCUAUCAUACAGGCCGCCGUCUGCAAGGAGAGGAUUGGCUGGCGUCCUGGUGCCUCCCACUUGCUGAUCUUCACCUCCGAUGCCAAGACCCAUGUGGCGCUGGACGGACGCUUGGCUGGCAUCGUGCAGCCCAACGAUGGGAAGUGUCACCUCAACUCGGAGAACAUGUACAGCAUGUCCACCAUCAUGGAUUACCCGUCUCUGGCCCUGAUCACAGAGACCAUGUCUGAGAACAACAUCAAUCUCAUCUUUGCCGUCACCAGUCCGGUGGUUCCCCUCUACCAAAACUACAGUGAGCUAAUUCCCGGCACCACUGUGGGCACCCUGUCAAACGACUCUGGCAACGUGGUUCAACUCAUACUGAAGGCCUAUGCUAAAAUCCGUUCUAGAGUGGAACUGGAGCUUCAGGGCGUUCCAGAAGAGCUCUCUCUGUCCUUUAACGCCACAUGUCUCAACGGGGAGGUCAUCCCAGGCCUGCGUUCCUGCUCCGGCCUGAAGAUAGGAGACACGGUCUCCUUCAGCGUGGAGGCCCGCGCCCGCGGCUGCCCCAAAGAGAAACACAAAACCUUUGUCAUCAAACCGGUGGGCUUCAAGGACUCCCUGUCAGUCACCGUCACCUUCGAGUGCGAGUGCAAGUGCCAGGCUCAAGCUCAGCCCGACAGCCCCGACUGCAACCAGGGCAACGGCACCUACGAGUGUGGCAUCUGCCUGUGUCACCCGGGUCGACUGGGUCCGAGGUGCGAGUGCGCGGAGGGAGACUACAGCCCGACCGAGCAGGACCGGUGCAGCUCCUCCAGUGGGGGGAGGUCAGAAGCGGCGAUCUGCAGCGGCCGUGGGGACUGCGUGUGUGGCCAGUGUGUCUGUCACAGCAGUGACUUUGGGAAGGUCUGGGGCAAGCUGUGCGAGUGUGAUGACUUCAACUGUCUGCGCUACAAAGGGGAGCUGUGUUCAGGACACGGUACCUGCGACUGUGGGUUCUGCCAGUGCGCCCCCGACUGGCAGGGCGAGAACUGCAACUGCUCCCGACGCACCGACACCUGCAUGUCCAGCCUGGGGCUGCUGUGCAGCGGCCGGGGGCAGUGCGUAUGUGGGGCCUGCGAGUGCACUCAGCCCGGGGCCUACGGAGCCACCUGUGACAAGUGCCCCACCUGCCCGGACGCGUGCACCAUGAAGAAGGAGUGUGUGGAGUGUAAGCACUUUAAGAGAGGGAAGCUUUUUGAUGACAACACCUGCGCUCGUAUCUGCAGGGACGAGAUCAUGCUAGUGGAUGACCUGGAGUUCCAUGAUAAAAAUGCUGUGAACUGCACCUAUAAAGAUGAGGAUGACUGUGUGGAACGUUUUCAAUACUAUGAGGAUGCCAGCGGCAAGUCCAUCCUGUUUGUAGUCAAAGAGCCUGACUGCCCUAAAGGUCCGGACAUACUGGUGGUGUUGAUGUCUGUGGCGGGGGCCAUCUUGUUCCUGGGUCUGGCCGCUCUGCUCAUCUGGAAACUGCUGGUCACCAUUCACGACCGGCGUGAGUUUGCCAAGUUCGAGGAGGAGAGGGCGCGUGCCAAGUGGGACACGGGACAUAACCCUCUGUAUAAAGGAGCCACUUCUACCUUUACAAACAUAACGUACAGAGGCAACAAGGACUGAUUCAGCUGCAUCCUGAAGUUGAUUGUUGCUGGCAGGCCUCCAUUGGACUGUUCCAUUUCUCCAUCGGACUGUUCCAUUUCUCCUGGGAAUUAUUCUACUCUGUGCAGGGUUCUACUGUCACAAGACAAAGAUGUACUAUUUUUUUGCAGUUGUAAAUAUGUAUAAAUGAUCCCAAAGACGUAUUUUAUUAGGUACCAAUGAAAUGUUACAGUAAGUUCUAUCACAAUGAAAUUUGUAUAUCAUUGAACAGGAGGUAAUUUAGAGAAAAAAGCAUUUCACUUCACCCCACCAUACACAACAACACCUUUUUCUAAUCAUUGUGACUUCCUGUUUUUUAGAAUGUUGGUAUGAUACCAACUGUCAGACUAACCUUACAUCACAAAGCAAUAGACAGAUAUCUUUUGAGAGUUUCAAUACACGCAUAAAGUGGCUUUCAGUUUUCAAUUUAAAGUCUGACACUUAACAUGACUUUAUUCAUCAGUUGAGGGAAAUAUACAAUAUAUGCAGUAGUAGCCUGCUUUAUGUGCUUUAGGUGUCAAAAAGUUCAAUAAUGUUAACUUCAUUUAUUUCAGAACUGUCAACAUACCUCAUGUCGUGCAUUUAUCAUGACAACAUCAUCUAAUAAAAUGUAGGAAGUACAUAAAGAUACAGA